UUUGUACCCUAGCCCUCAGUGGCUCAAGGUUGGCUUUCUGAGCAGAUAAUAGGCUUUUAAGUAGCAAAGUUCCCUGCUCUCAGCAAGCCCAACACCAUGGGGAAGGGAGACACCUCGGAGGUAGCACCACCCACCUCAGCCUACCGCUCUGUCAUGGAGGACUAUGGUUAUGAGGUGGGCAAGGUCAUUGGCAAUGGCUCCUAUGGGACGGUGUAUGAGGCUUACUACACAAAGCAGAAGGUGAUGGUGGCUGUCAAGAUCAUCUCAAAGAAGAAGGCCUCUGAGGACUAUCUUAACAAGUUCCUGCCCCGUGAGAUACAGGUAAUGAAGGUCCUGCGGCACAAGUACCUCAUCAACUUCUACCAGGCCAUCGAAACCACAUCCCGAGUGUACAUCAUUCUGGAGCUGGCUCAGGGCGGGGACGUCCUGGAGUGGAUCCAGCGCUACGGGGCUUGCUCUGAGCCCCUUGCUGGCAAGUGGUUCUCCCAGAUGACCCUGGGCAUCGCCUAUCUGCACAGCAAGGGCAUCGUGCACCGCCUGACCCCCAGCCUUUCUGCUGCUGGUAGGGACUUAAAGUUGGAGAACCUGUUGCUGGACAAGCGGGAGAAUGUGAAGAUAUCGGACUUUGGCUUCGCCAAGAUGGUGCCUUCUAACCAGACAGUGCACAGUAGCCCUUCUUACCGCCAAGUGAACUGCUUUACAAACCACCUCAGCCAGACCUACUGUGGCAGCUUUGCUUAUGCAUGCCCAGAGAUCUUGCUGGGCUUGCCCUACAACCCUUUCCUGUCUGACACCUGGAGCAUGGGUGUCAUCCUCUACACUCUAGUGGUUGCCCGGCUGCCCUUUGAUGACACCAAUCUCAAGAAGCUGCUGAAAGAGACUCAAAAGGAGGUCACUUUUCCAUCUAACUACUCCAUCUCCCAGGAAUGCAAGAACCUGAUCCUCCAGACGCUACGCCAAGCCACCAAACGGGCCACCAUCCUGGACAUCAUCAAGGAUCCUUGGGUGCUCAAGUUCCAGCCUGAGCAACCCACCCAUGAGAUCAGGCUGCUUGAGGCCAUGUGCCAACCCCCCAGCACCACUAAUCGGCACCAAUCCUUGGAAAUCAAUACCUAAAAGUGGUUGAAGGAAGGGGUUGAGAGAGGAGCAAAGCAGGAGGGUCUGGGGCUAAAAAUCUUUUAUACCAAAAAUAAAUCUGAUUUAGUUUCAGCAGCUGGGGUCAAAGACACUCUUUCUACAGGGGAACAUUAGCAGGGAACACUUACUGAGGGUAAGAGGUGGAUUUCUUUCUUUUUUUAAGAUUGUAUUUAUUUAUUUGACAGAGAGAGAUCACAAGUAGGCAGAGAGA